AGAGGCAGUAUAAAAGCACUGAGUUUCUCCCCAACUGCUUGUCACACCGACCUGCACUAUCUCUCGCCUGCCUGUGGGUUUCUGUCAACUAGUCGUGGAGGGGAGAAAACUCUUUAAAGAAUAACAUCUUACUGUGGUCAUGCCAGAACCCACUAAGAAAGAGGAAAAUGAAGUGCCAGCCCCAGCCCCGCCCCCGGAAGAACCAAGUAAAGAGAAGGAGGCCGGAACUACACCAGCAAAAGAUGAAGAGGAAGUCUCCCCGCCUAGCGCCUUGCCUCCAGGUUUGGGUAGUCGGGCCCUGGAGAGAAAAGAUUCAGAAUGGUCCCUUGGCGAGUCACCUGUUGGGGAGGAACAAGACAAGCAGAAUGCCAACUCCCAGCUGUCCAUCUUGUUCGUUGAAAAACCUCAAGGAGGAACAGUGAAAGUUGGUGAAAAUAUCACCUUCAUAGCCAAAGUCAAGGCUGAAGAUCUUCUGAGAAAACCCACUGUCAAAUGGUUCAAAGGAAAAUGGAUGGAUCUGGCCAGCAAAGCCGGGAAGCACCUUCAGUUGAAGGAAACCUUUGAGAGGCACAGUCGGGUGUACACAUUUGAGAUGCAGAUCAUCAAGGCCAAAGAGAACUAUGCAGGAAAUUACAGAUGCGAGGUCACCUAUAAGGAUAAGUUUGACAGCUGUUCAUUUGAUCUUGAAGUGCAUGAAUCUACUGGGACUACUCCAAACAUUGACAUCAGAUCUGCUUUCAAGAGAAGUGGAGAAGGUCAAGACGAUGCAGGGGAACUUGACUUUAGUGGUCUCCUGAAACGUAGGGAGGUGAAGCAGCAGGAGGAAGAACCCGAGGUGGACGUGUGGGAGUUGCUGAAGAACGCGAAACCCAGUGAAUACGAGAAGAUCGCCUUCCAGUAUGGAAUCACCGACCUGCGCGGCAUGCUCAAGCGCCUCAAGCGCAUGCGCAGGGUGGAGAAGAAGAGCGCAGCUUUCGCAAAAAUUCUUGAUCCUGCAUAUCAGGUUGACAAAGGAGGCAGAGUGAGGUUUAUGGUGGAGCUGGCAGAUCCAAAGUUGGAGGUGAAAUGGUAUAAAAAUGGUCAAGAAAUUCGACCCAGUACCAAAUACAUCUUUGAACACAAAGGAUGCCAGAGAAUCCUGUUUAUCAAUAACUGUCAGAUGACAGAUGAUUCGGAGUAUUAUGUGACAGCCGGUGAUGAGAAAUGCUCCACUGAGCUCUUCGUAAGAGAGCCUCCAAUUAUGGUGACCAAACAGCUGGAAGAUACAACUGCUUAUUGUGGGGAGAGAGUGGAAUUAGAAUGUGAGGUGUCUGAAGAUGAUGCCAAUGUAAAAUGGUUUAAGAAUGGUGAAGAGAUUAUCCCUGGUCCAAAAUCAAGAUACCGAAUUAGAGUUGAGGGUAAGAAACACUUCUUGAUCAUAGAGGGAGCAACAAAGGCUGAUUCUGCAGAAUAUUCAGUAAUGACUACAGGAGGACAAUCAUCUGCUAAACUUACUGUUGACUUGAAACCUCUGAAGAUUUUGACACCUCUGACUGAUCAGACUGUAAAUCUUGGAAAAGAAAUCUGCCUGAAGUGUGAAAUCUCUGAAAACAUAACAGGAAAAUGGACUAAAAAUGGCCUACCUGUUCAGGAAAGUGACCGUCUAAAGGUGGUUCACAAGGGAAGGAUACACAAGUUAGUCAUAGCCAAUGCCCUCAUUGAAGAUGAAGGUGAUUAUGUAUUUGCACCUGAUGCCUACAAUGUUACUCUGCCUGCCAAAGUUCAUGUUGUUGAUCCUCCUAAGAUCAUCCUGGAUGGUCUUGAUGCUGACAAUACAGUGACAGUGAUUGCAGGAAGCAAGCUUCGUCUUGAGAUCCCCAUCAGUGGAGAACCACCUCCUAAAGCCAUUUGGAGCCGGGCAGAUAAGGCUAUUAUGGAAGGCAGUGGCCGGAUAAGGGCAGAAUCUUACCCUGAUAGCAGCACUCUGGUCAUUGAUGUAGCUGAAAGAGACGACUCUGGUGUUUACCACAUCAAUCUGAAAAACGAAGCUGGAGAGGCACAUGCAAGCAUCAAGAUUAAAGUUGUGGACCUCCCUGAUCCUCCAGUGGCACCGACUGUGACAGAGGUGGGAGAUGACUGGUGUAUCAUGAAGUGGGAGCCUCCUGCCUACGAUGGAGGGUCUCCAAUCCUAGGUAACUGCUUGUUG